UUUCGAAUGGCGACAGUUGUCUCACUGGAGGCAGUUGGAGUAGAUCGCCAAACAACACUAUAUGAAUUCAAAAUUUAUGAUUUUUUUUCAAUCGGAUUUUAAAUGAUUUUCUGAUUUCAGAUUUUUCUCAUUAUGUACACCUAAUAGCCUACCAUGUUGCCAAAUAUCAAGAUUUCAGGUCAUCUGGAAGUUGGUUAGGGUUUUGAUCUAUAUCAAUUUUUGUUUUUUAAUCGGUUUCUUAUUAAUUUUCUAUUUCCAGAUUUUUCCCCCUAUAUACACCUAAUACUCCUAAUAGCCUACCUUGCUGCCAAACAUCAAGGUUCUAGGUCAUCUGAAAGUUGGUUAAGUUUUUGAUUUAUAUGUUUUUUUUCAAUCGGAUUUUUAAUAAGUAAUUUUCAUUUUUCAGAUUUUCCCCCUUAUGUACACGUAAUAGCCUACCUUGUUGCCAAAUAUCAAGUUUCUAGGUCAUCUGGAAGUGGGUUAGGUUUUUGACCUACCUAUAUCAAUAGAUGAUUUUUUUUUCAAUCGAAUUUUCAAUAAUUAUCUGUUUUCAGUUUUUUUUCCCCUAUGUACACCAAAUAUCCUAUCUUGCUGCUAAAUUUCGAGUUGCUAGGUCAUUUGAAAGUGGGUUAGGUUUUGACCAAUAUUAAUAUAUAAUUUUUUUUCAAUCAAAUUUUUUUAUAAUUUCCUGUUUUUAGUUUUUUUCCCCUAUGUAGACCUAAUAGCCUACCUUGAUGCCAAAUUUUAAGUUUCUAGGUAAUCUGGAAGUGGGUUAGGUUUUUGACCUUUAUCGAUAUAUGAUUUUUUUUCAAUCGAAUUUUCAAUAAUUUUCUGCUAUUUAGAUUUUUUCCCCUAUGUAGGCCUAAUAGCCUACCUUGUUGCCAAAUAUCAAGUUUCUGAGUCAUCUGGAAGUGGAUAAGAUUUUUGACCAAUAUCAAUAUAUAUUUUUUUCAAACGAAUUUUCAAUAAUUUUCUGUUUUUAGAUUUUUUCCCUUAUGUACACCUUAUAGCCUACCUUGUUGCAAAAUAUCAAGUUUCUAGGUCAUCUGGAAGUGGGUUAGGUUUUUGACCUAUAUCAAUAAUCAAUAUAUGAUUUUUUUCAACCGAAUUUUCAAUAAUUUUCUGUUUUUAGACUUUUUUCCCAAUGAACACUUAAUCGCCUACCUUGAUGCCAAAUUUCAAGUUUCUAGGUAAUCUGGAAGUGGGUUAGGUUUUUGUUCUAUAUCAAUAUUUUUUUUUUCAAUCGAAUUAAAAAAAAAAUCAGAUUUUUUCUCUUACGUACACCAAAUGAAAUGCCGGUUUUUAAACAUUAAUUUAUCAAUAACUGUUUGAGCUACGUCUAUGAUUUUUUUUAUUUUAGACAAGCUUGAAUAACUGUGCCAAAAUUCAUGUGUGUAGGUUAAAUAAGUUUCAAGUUGUGAAGGGGUCAAAAGUAGCUCGAAAUGGUUCGUGUAAUAUUACACACGGUUGCGUCGCCAGUUCCUUUUUCUUUGAACUUGGCUUCAUGUGUAGUACCUAUGCAUCUAUAAAUGCUUUAUACUUUUUGGUUGUAGUGUUUAUGGCAAGUAAGCUCUUAAAGGCGACUCCGGUUGCUAAAUCCUCCAAGGUGUGUAAAACUGGUAACACGCCUGAACACGUAACUUUCCAUCGGAUACAUUGACAUAAAUUUUGUGGGUCACACUAGGCUAAGCCUGUCCCGUGACUCCACGUUUGCGCAUUCUGUUAAGAGCGAUUUUUACAUAUAUUCCACCUAAAGGACAACUUUAUUUAUAUAUAUUUAUUGUUUAAUAACUUGCGUAGACUGGAAUGUACACGUCAAUUUGACGUUUAAUUCAACAAGUGCGUAUUCAUUCGGUAUUCUUUUCGCACUCACUGGCAGAGCCGUAACUCAAAUGAAAUAGCAUCAAUGAAGAAGAAAUAAAAUAGUUUAUCAGAUCACAAAGUUAUUUAGAACUCACGCAUUCAUCUCAUAGACCUCAUAGUUUUAUUGAUAACGGUGUAUUGUGUGGAUACUGUUUGUUUUAUCAGUAUAUUCGCGACAGUCGUAACGAUAUAGGUAAUCUUGAAAACAAUGGGUAGAAUUUGGUUUGAUAGGAGUGGUUUGUUGUGAAAAAUGCGCUCAUAUCACGCCGAGCAUAAACGAUUAGUAAAUAUAGGUAACGUGAGUCAUUGACGUGUGUAACAUGUUUUCAUAGUUUAGUAAUGAGUGCCAAGGUGACGGGUGGUCGGUGAGGACGCGCCGCAUCCGCUGUUUAUCUCGGGCGCGGGAGCUCGCUACUACAUACUCGUCGAGGACCACCGACCAGUACUUGCUGGGAUAUCGAACAUGGCAUACCCGAGUGGAGCACCACCAGCGCCUCCAGUGCAGUCACUGGGCUCCACCAACACCGUGUUCAUCACUGAGACCCGCUUUGACCUCUCUUACAUUGUCACCCCACCUGGCAUCAUCAAGGCUGUGCUGGUUGUGCUGAACCUGCUGUGCUUCAUCUGCAUCGAGGCGAGCGCGUUCCGCUCGAACGGGCGCGGCGUGUACUUCGUGUUCGUGUCGCUGCUGGGGCUCGCGUUCACCGGCGGGCUGCUGCUCAUGUACCUCUACCACGUCGUCGAGAAGUACCACAACUUCAAAUGGCUCAAGGUGGAGCUGGCGGGCAGCGCGGCGCUGACGUUCCUGCAGCUGGCCGCGGCCACGCUGGCGGUGGCCUUCGGGGACGCCGCCUACUCCGCCGCGGGGUUGUUCGGGUACCUGGCGAUGGUGUCGUACGGUGUGGACGCGUUCCAGAAGGCCAGGGCGCUGCAGGCGGGCGAGCUGGCGCAGGGCGCGCGCGUGCACACCAAGCGGCCGCCCGCGCUGCCCUAGGGGCCGGGCGCGCACCCCGGGCCGCCGGGCCGCCGCCGCGCCCGGCCGCCGCACGUGCCGGGUGCGCGCGGGCGGGCCGACCGCGGGCUCCGUCUCGGCUGUUGUCCGAUUUGCCACCUCACCUCACAGGUACGCCGUGCGCCGUCCGCCGCUGCUGUCUGUUUUGUCAGCCGAAUCUUUGUUUAGUCGAACUCACCCUUAGUUGUAGAUCAAAAAAGGACCGUUCCUGUCCCGUUUCCGAAAUGUACCCUUUUCAUUUUUAAAUGUAUUUUUCUUUAGGUGAAGUGUUCGACGGAUAAAGUAUUUAAUAUUUAUUAAUUUUUAAUCAAUUUCUAAUCAUGUAAAUGUGUACCUCGAAUGUACUUAUAUAAUUUAUGUUAGUUUUAAGCGAUGAUAUUAUUAUUGUAUGUGAUAUUCGUCAAUAAAUCAAUUAAUUCCCUGAUCACUUGUAAAUAACGUAAGUUAAGUUUAAAUGUUACUUCAACAUAUCGCAAGAAGCAUUUAGUAACUAUGAGAUUUAAAGAAAACAAAACUUCUAGGAACAAUUGUAUCAAACCAGAUUCAAAUUCCAUAUUUGAUUGAUGUGGUCAAAAUCAGUAGUGAUAUAAAAUUGUUUUUUUUUUUUUUUUGCAAAUCAUAAUUUACAAACAAAAUUAGCGUUAAUGACUUAUUGCAUACCUACUGACAUUUGAUCUAGAAAAGUAGUCGCUAGCCUGCAAUGUGCUACAGCAGCCCUGUCACCUAGCUGCCGGGAGUCCCAACGGACCUUAUAAUUUGUCAGCUGACAGUGUGGACGUCCACCUUCAUUGACGGACGUCAUAUAUAGAGUCCUUAACAGAUUGCAAAGGGUGGGUGUGUCGUAAUUUGUUUUACAAGGGGGCAAAAUUGUUAUUUAACAUUAUCAUUCAAUAUCAUUAUUUAAAAGUAAAUUCUACUAGCUAACAUAAGGAAACAACUCAAAAUUUGCAUAAAAUUGGAUAAAAUGCAACUUUCUCAUUACUUUUUGAACAAUCAAGAGGGUCUUUACCAGUUGGUGUGGUGCAAAAUAUUUUACACGGUUUGUUAUUUGGUUUGAUGAUAAACCCCAACUACUAACUAAUAUAUGAAUGAAAAUCCGUCCGGGGUAUUAAUUAUAGCUCGUGUUUGUGUCGAAUAUAAGGUGAACUCUAUUUGUCCAAUCUUAGCACAUUUUACACUUUAUAAAAUAAAUAUUUUGUGCGCUCAAGACAAAGGCAUUUAUAUUGGCUAACGCAGCCGCGGGUAUGAGUGCCGCAGCAGAGUAAACUAAAGUAUGGAAGGGUAGUGGCCAUUUGUAAAAGUCACGUUCCUUCCGUUUCCCUUCUGCGGCCUUUUUAUUCGUUUGAGAAUGUACACCAAGUUAAAGGCCAGGAAGUAAUUGUCACAAAUGUUUAUGGGAUUUUAACAGUAAGAGUAUGUGGAAUUGCACGCUCAUAUUAUGGCCAAAUUUGCUAAAGUUAAUCUCUACAUAUUUAUUGAUAUAAUUAUCCACCUCUUUCUAAUAGGUACCACUCCAUGGAAAAGUUCUUGCCAUGUGACGAACAGAUUAGGUAUUGCGUCUCAUCAUAAGUGACCGUAUCUAUUUAUUUCUUAACGGUGGUGCAUGUAACGUUAUAAAUAAGAAUAUGAGUUAAUAACCAAAAUGACCAAAUAUGUCAGAACGUUAAAAUUGUCUUAUACUUUUAAAAAUAAUUGUUAUAGGUACCGUGUGCGGCCUGCGACACGAGCAAAAAAUAACUGUUGUAGGCUGCACUGUAACUCCUCAAACUGACCAACAUUUGUUCAGAGACUUUAAUGUAUUCCAAGACGCAAUGUAUGUAUUGCAAAUUUUGUAGUUGAGUUGGAUGAGGAUAUUGAGGAUGGCGGCGUACAUCGAAGAUAUAAGAUUUAAUUUGAAUGAAAAAUAGCAAGUCUAAAGACUUCAUAAUUUUUAAAAGUGUCAUAGUUUGAGGAUUCAUGUUUAAAUUAUUUGUUCGUGUUACACAGGCCGCACACGGUAUAGGGCUCACUGUGAUGUUAUCAAUAAAAAGCUUUAAUCGUG